AUGGCUGCUGCGAAUAUUGUUCGUAGUGCAUUUAAUGGAUUAUUACGAAAAUCCACAUCUUACAGAAUUCCGGUUGUAUGCCGGUUAUCUACUGUAGCUACGGUACAAAAAUUUUAUGCGGUUAAAGCCAUUGCUAAGUUAAGCUACCAAGUUCAAAAUGGGGUGUAUGCACAGAGCACACGACAGUACUCGUCCGGCGCGCAAUCUAAACCCUCACCGCAGCAAAUUGAAGAAAGAGUGAUGAAAGUGUGCAGGACUUACGACAAACUGAGUGGUACUAAGCUAUCUGUAGAUUCCCAUUUCAUGAAUGAUUUGGGGCUUGAUUCUCUUGAUCAUGUUGAGGUCAUUAUGGCAAUGGAAGAUGAAUUUGGUUUCGAAAUUCCUGACAGUGACGCAGAGAGGCUUGUAAGGCCAAAAGAUAUCAUACAAUAUGUGGCAGACAAAGAAGAUAUUUAUGAAUAG